AUCAACAUCAAAUUCAUGUUGUAAAUAGAUGGCAUGUGGACUGUGCUUUCAAAUUAGUUUUAUCUAUUUGUGGGGUUUUUUGGGGGGCGGUGUGAGAAUAACUUGGUAGGCCCACUGUCUCUAGAUAGGAAAGGUUUUUAGUCUUUAUUGGCCUUCCGGAGUAAUAAUCUGUGACGCAAAGUAACCAAGAUGAGUGCAGAGGGGUACCAGUACAGAGCGCUGUACGACUACAAGAAGGAGAGGGAAGAGGACAUCAGCCUGCAUGUUGGAGACAUACUGGUCGUGAGCAAAGGCACUCUGCUGGCCUUGGGCUACGGCGACGGUUUCGAGGAGAGACCGGAGGAGAUUGGUUGGCUGACUGGUUUUAAUGAGACGACACAGGAGAAAGGGGACUUCCCUGGGACCUAUGUCGAGUUCAUAGGCAAGAAAAGAAUUUCACCCCCGACGCCCAAACCGAGGCCUCCCCGACCCCUCCCUGUAGCGCCGGGAUCAUCCAAGGCCGAUUCAGAGUCAGAGCAAGCCUCAUCGCUGCCAGACCUGACGGAGCAGUUCGCACCUCCCGAGACGGCGCCGCCUAUACUGGCCAAGCUGCUGGAGGCCUUAGAGAGAAAAGGUUUGGAGAGCCCUGUGCUUUACAGGACCUUUACAGCGGGAAGCAGACUGGAUUUCAGACAGGGCUUUGAUAGUAUGGACCUGGAACAGGUGGAUCUCCAGGCGUUGUGCGAUGGUCUUUGGAGAUACCUGCAAGACCUGCCCAACCCGGUCAUUCCCUCCUCCAUCCAAAGUGACAUGGUACAUGUGGCGCAAGAGGUGCAGAACCCCGAGGAGUGCGCCCAGCUGCUCCGCCGGAUCGCCGGGUCGCCCAGCCUGCCGCCCCAGUACUGGCUGGCCCUCCACUGCCUCGUCAAACACUUCUGCCGGGUGUGCCAGGGCAGCGUGAAGAACCUGCUCAGCCCCCGGGCCCUGGGGGAGAUCUUCGGACCGCUGCUCUUCAGACACCAGACGGCAAGCUGUGAGCCCAGCCAAGAAUCCCAUGUUAGGAUUAUAGAAGUCCUGGUCACCAGUGAGUGUAAUGACCACCAGGCUGCUCCAGCCCUGCCUCCUAAACCGCCAAAGGCCGCCCCUGUCACAAACAACGGUAUGAAUAACAACAUGGCUCUGCAAGACUCGGAGUGGUACUGGGGAGACAUCUCAAGGGAGGAAGUAAAUGAGAAACUGAGAGAUACAGCCGAUGGUACGUUUUUGGUCCGAGACGCCUCUACAAAAAUGCACGGAGACUACACUCUUACCCUGAGGAAGGGAGGCAACAACAAAUUGAUCAAAAUUUUCCACCGCGAUGGGAAGUACGGGUUCUCUGACCCUUUGACUUUCAACUCUGUGGUGGAGCUCAUCAAUCACUACAGGCACGAAUCUCUGGCCCAGUACAACCCUAAACUGGACGUGAAACUGCUGUACCCAGUGUCAAAGCACCAGCAGGAUCAGGUGGUUAAAGAAGACAACAUAGAAGCGGUCGGCAAAAAGCUGCACGAGUACCACCUGCAGUAUCAGGAAAAGAACAAGGAGUAUGACCGGCUUUAUGAAGAGUACACACGGACAUCACAGGAAAUUCAAAUGAAGCGGACAGCUAUUGAAGCCUUCAAUGAAACAAUCAAAAUCUUCGAGGAGCAGUGCCAAACGCAGGAACGGUACAGCAAGGAGUACAUCGAGAAGUUCAGGAGAGAGGGCAACGAGAAGGAGAUUCAGAGGAUCAUGGGAAACUACGAGAAGCUGAAGUCAAGAAUCAGCGAGAUCGUGGACAGCAAGCGGCGUCUGGAGGAAGACCUGAAGAAGCAGGCGGCCGAGUACAGAGAGAUCGACAAGAAGAUGAACAGCAUCAAGCCAGACCUCAUCCAGCUCCGCAAGACCCGAGACCAAUAUCUCAUGUGGCUGACACAGAAGGGAGUCAGACAGAAGAAGCUGAACGAGUGGCUGGGAAUCAAGAAUGAGAACACAGAAGAUCAGUACUCGAUGGUGGAAGACGACGAGGACCUCCCGCACCACGAUGAGCGCACCUGGAAGCUGGGCAACAUCAAGCGCGUGCAGGCCGAGGUCCUGCUCCGGGGAAAGAGAGACGGGACCUUCCUGGUGCGGGAGAGCAGCAAGCCCGGCUGCUACGCCUGCAGCGUUGUAGUGGACAGCGAGGUGAAGCAUUGCGUCAUCAACAAGACGCCCACAGGGUACGGAUUCGCAGAGCCCUACAACCUGUACAGCUCCCUGAAAGAACUGGUGCUGCACUAUCAGCACACCUCGCUGGUGCAGCAUAAUGACUCCCUGAAUGUCACGCUCGCCUACCCAGUGUAUGCGCACCAGCGGCGAUGAGCACCUCGCGAGACGACCCUGGGACCUCGCUUGUGAAAGAACGACGGGGACCUCACGGGUAGAAAGAAACGCCUUGGUCGAGGGAGGAGGCUUUGGCACGGAAACGCUGGGACAGGUUUCGUUUUUUUUUCCCCCAGGAGAUUCGUUGGAGUGCUCAAUAAUAAUAAAAAAAACAUUUCAGUCGCAGUGACUGUGUUCAGUCCGGCUAUGGAUGAAGUUCUCUGUCUCUCGCGCUUUUACAAGAAAUGCACAAAUUUAACCAGAGAUCGCCGAAUCCCUGAUUGGAGGGAAAGUGGGCUGAUUCUCAGUGGUGCUCUUUCUCAUUCGUUUAAGCUCUACCAGCUGGAAUGUCAAACACCAACUUCUCUGAGGUGCAUUUUUUGAGCAGUCCCCUUUUUCCCCCCUAGCUUGUGUGAGAGACAAAUGGCUGGUUCAGACAGCAGUUUGGUGUUGGAUGUGGUCCAUACACUUGUGUAAAGUGUUCAUUAACGAACAUUGGAUCAACUAAUUAAUGUAGCAAGAUGGCACUUUUUUCAUGAAAUAUGGACUCUCGAAUGGACUUAACUACGAGUGGUGCGUCAGAAGAGACACUCACGGGAAGAUUUUUAUGCUUGCGGGAAGCGCUAGCCUAUAGGGUAGCCUGCUCUGGGCAGUGGACAAUGAAAGUAAGAGCAGGGCUUGACUUAAGGGGACUGAGUACAUGUUACUUUGUACAUAUUCAG